AUGCAGAGGGUUAGGGUUUCAUCCGAAAGAGCAGCUGUACACAAGCUUGGCGAUUCUCAGAUGACACUAUCUCCCAAAUUCAGAGUAGCUGCAUCGGUUCAAUCACCAUUAUUCGAUCCAUCAUCGGAACAAGAACUCUCUCUUAACGGAGAACCGUUAAUUCCCGGUUUACCAGACGAUGUUGCUCUCAGCUGCCUCUUACGGGUUCCUGUCGAAAGCCACGUCUCGAGUAGAUCGGUCUGCAAGAGAUGGCACUUGUUGUUCUGUGCUAAAGAAACCUUCUUCGCCAGACGCAAGGAGCUCGAGUGUAUGUGGUUGGUAGGAAUCUUCAUCUUGCGGUUGGGAGUAUUUGGAGGUCGGAGGGAGAGAGAGAGAGAGAGAGAGAGAGAGAUGAAUCUGUUUGGUUUGGAAUCCAUUUUUCAAAGUAGGCCUCAUUUUAAGAUUGAUGUGAAAUUUGAUAUGAGAACAAUUAUUUUGUCUCCACUUUAA